CGAUUCUGGCCAGCAACUCUGUCUCCAGGGCUGCUAUGGGCAGUGCGGGAGACACACAUCGAGUUUCAGCCAAAUGCCUCGACAUUCCUGCGCCUCCGCCUCCUCGUCGCUAAAAGAAAUGUCGGGGUUUCGCCAGAGACAGGGAGCGAGAGUCGGGAACAGCGAGUAUUCGAAUCUGCCGAGGCCGGCUGUUGUGUGAGGGUGUGAGACAUGCUGGCGGUGGCGGGCCGCGGAGGCAUCGGGGGAUAGUGUGUGGGGUUGACGGCGCGUUUGGUGCCCGCAUUUGCAAAAAGAGUUUAAAGGCAAAGACACGCCCCCCCCCCCUCAGUCGUGCUUCUUGCCUUCCCCCAAAUUCCUCAAAGAUGGUUUGUCUCACGUGUUGCGGGGCGUAAAAGCGGCUCGCGUUCAAUUAGCAGCGAAGCUCACCGGCCCUGGCGGGACCCGCGAGUGAGGCCAGCAACAGAUGUGGAAAGCGCCCUUGGGCAAUCGUCUGGGCGCAGAGACAUCAGUCUGGAGAAGGGGUUGCAGCCCGAGGGCAGCGCGCAGAGAGUCAGCAGCGGGAUCCGCGAUGGUGCGCCUGCGGGCUCUGUGGCUGGCCUGGGCUCUGCUAGGAGGGGCCGCAGCUUGCCCAGAGCCGUGCGCCUGCGUGGACAAGUAUGCACACCAGUUCGCCGACUGCGCCUACAAGGAGCUGCGCGAGGUGCCAGAAGGACUGCCGGCCAACGUGACCACGCUUAGUCUGUCGGCCAACAAGAUCACCGUGCUGCGGCGUGGGGCCUUCGCCGACGUCACGCAGGUCACGUCGCUGUGGCUGGCGCACAAUGAGGUGCGCACGGUGGAGCCGGGCGCGCUGGCGGUGCUGAGCCAGCUCAAGAACCUCGACCUAAGCCACAACCUCAUAUCCAGCUUCCCGUGGAGCGACCUCCGUAACCUGAGCGCGCUGCAGCUGCUCAAAAUGAACCACAACCGCUUGGGCUCGCUGCCCCGGGACGCACUGGGUGCGCUGCCCGACCUGCGCUCCCUGCGCAUCAACAACAACCGCCUUCGUACACUGGCCCCUGGCACCUUCGACGCGCUAAGCGCGCUGUCACAUCUGCAACUCUAUCACAACCCCUUCCACUGCGGUUGCAGCCUUGUGUGGCUGCAGGCCUGGGCCGCAAGCACCAGGGUUUCGUUACCCGAGCCCGACUCCAUCGCGUGCGCCUCGCCUCCCGCGCUGCAAGGGGUGCCGGUGCACCGCCUGCCCGCCCUGUCUUGUGCGCCACCCAGCGUGCGUCUAAGUGCUGAACCACCGCCUGAGGCACCGGACAGCCCCUGGCCCGCGGGCCUAGCGCUCCUGCUACACUGCUUCGCGGAAGGACAUCCCACGCCCCGCCUGCAAUGGCAACUUCAGAUCCCGGGUGGCACCGUGGUCUUAGAGCCUCCGGUCCAGAGCGGGGAGGACUAUGCGGAUGGGGCGGAAGACGGGGAGGAGGAAGGAGAUGGGGACGGGCCAACGCAGACGGAGGCCCCAAUCCCGACUCCAGCACCCGCUUGGCCCGCACCCCCAGCCAACCCACGCUUCCUGGCCCUCACAAACGGUUCCCUAUUGGUUCCGCUCCUGAGUGCCAAGGAAGCAGGUGUCUACACCUGCCGGGCCUACAACGAGCUGGGUGCCAACUCCACGUCACUACGCGUGGCAGUGGCGGCUUCUGGGCCCCCAAAACACGCUCCUGGCUCUGGGGGAGACUCUGAUGGGCAGGCCCCUACUUCUGAGCGCAAGUCCACAGCCAAAGGCCGGGGCAACAGCGUCCUACCCUCCAAACCCGAGGGCAAAAUCAAAGGCCCAGGCCUGGUCCGGGUUAGCAUCCUGGGCGAGACGGAGGCGGGGCCGGAGGAGGAGGAGGCAGGUGAGGGAGAGGAAGCAGAAGACCAGGUCUCUGCAGAUCCGGUGGAGGAGCAACGCUGUGGCCACGGGGACCCCUCGCGGUACGUGUCCAACCACGCAUUCAAUGAGAGCGCAGAGCUCAAGCAGCACGUCUUUGAGCUGGGCGUCAUCGCGCUGGACGUGGCGGAGCGUGAGGCUCGGGUGCAGCUGACGCCGCUGGCGGCGCGCUGGGGGUCUGGGCCCAGCGGGGCUGGGGGAGCCGGGCGGCCGGGGCGGCGGCCGCUGCGCCUGCUCUACUUGUGCCCAGCGGGGGGCGGCGCAGCUGUACAGUGGUCGCGCGUGGAGGAGGGCGUCAACGCCUAUUGGUUCCGCGGCCUUCGGCCUGGCACCAACUACUCAGUGUGCCUGGCGCUGGCAGGCGAGGCCUGCCACGUGCAAGUGGUGUUUGCCACCAAGAAGGAGUUGCCCUCGCUGCUGGUUAUCGUGGCGGUGAGCGUGUUCCUCCUGGUGCUGGCCACCGUGCCCCUGCUGGGCGCCGCCUGUUGCCAUCUGCUGGCCAAACACCCGGGUAAGCCCUAUCGUCUUAUACUGCGGCCCCAGGCCCCUGACCCCAUGGAGAAACGCAUAGCCGCAGACUUUGACCCCCGUGCGUCCUACCUCGAGUCCGAGAAAAGCUACCCGGCAGGCGGUGAGGCAGACAUCGUGGAGCCCGAGGAGACUCCCGGGGAGGGCCUUGAUGAAGAUGCGGAGCAGGGGGACCCAGGUGGGGACCUGCAGAGGGAGGAGAGCCUGGCGGCCUGCUCGCUGGUGGAGUCCCAGUCCAAGGCCAACCAAGAGGAGUUCGAGGCGGGCUCUGAAUACAGUGAUCGGCUGCCCCUGGGCGCCGAGGCGGUCAACAUCGCCCAGGAGAUUAAUGGCAACUACAGGCAGACGGCAGGCUGAACCCCCAGCCUGACUGGCCCGCCCAUUCCCAUCCCCCACCUUGGGUACCUGGGAGCUGAAGCCUAGGGCUGGCAGGACGUAAGCCUCCCCACCCCCCACCCGCAACCUUCACUUACUCCGCCCCUUUACCAGACCCAACCUUCACUACUGGGGACUUCUAGUGGGGAGUGGGGCGACUUCAGCAGUCCCAGGCCACCCACUACUGUCAUUGUCCUUGUGGGUUCAGUUCCAUUACCACCGCAAGCACGGUUACUAGCUCUACCCACGGACUGUGAAGCGAAAUCCACAC